GGUUCCCCUGGCGGGUUGGGUCAGAGUUAGCCCCGAAAUGUUGUGGGGUUAGAGUAGAGACGUCUCCCAGUCCCGGCUGCGGGUGGUUCCUGCUGCCCACCCCGGGGUUUGUAUCAGUCUCUGUGGCCUAAGGAGGUAGAUCUGGGGGCUAUCUCCCUGAAACCAUGAGGGCGGUGUCGGUGUGUGGCGGCUCGGUUUGCACAGUGAGAGCACUUUGGGAAGAAAGGAUUCAAAAACUGAAGGAAGAACGAGAGAAAGAGAGCGCGCGGCCGAAACGGAAGGCGCCCACCGGGUUCACGAUGUUGUGGCAGAACCGAAUAAAUCUGGCCAGGCUCAAAGAGAAAGUGGUUACCGAAGAGGGGAGAGUUGUGCUGAGGAUUGAGAAGGAGGAAUGGAAGACACUUCCAGAUGCAUUACAACAAAUGACAUACAUACAAGCAUGGCAGAUCCAUAGAACUAGCUUGGAAAUUAUUCCUCGAUUUAUUGGAAAAUUUGAUAAUAUUCUUGUUCUGGAUUUGUCACGGAAUUCAGUCAAGGAGAUUCCCAAGGAAAUAGGACAAUUGACCAAAUUGCGAGAGCUAUACAUCAGUUACAACAGAUUGCGUGCAGUGCCUGAGGAGCUUGGCAGCUGUGAGAAUCUGGAGAAACUAGACCUUGCUGUGAACAGGGAUCUCUGUGAUUUACCUGAACAGCUUUCUCAUCUACAAAAGCUGUACCAUCUUGACCUGUCCAUGAAUUGUUUCACUACAUUCCCUUCAGCUAUUCUGAAUAUGCCUGCACUGGAAUGGUUAGAUAUGGGCAGUAACAAACUGAAAGAACUGCCAGAAGAUGUAGCAAGAAUGGAAAACCUACACACAAUUUGGCUACAGAGGAAUGAAAUCGCUCACUUGCCAGAAACCAUCAAUAAAUUGAAAAAUCUCAGUACUCUAGUUUUAACCAGUAACAAGCUACAGGAAAUCCCAAUUUGUAUGGAAGAAAUGAUCAAUUUACGGUUUGUGAAUCUGAGGGAUAACCCUCUUCAGCUUCAAGUAACUCUACCCCAGUGUGAAAAUCCAGAGGAAGAGGAAGACCGUGAACUGUUUGGGAUAGAAUUUAUGCAAGCCUACAUUCAAGAAUUAAAAAGUAGCAAAACUAAAACAUAUACCUCAGAACUGUCUGUUACAAUUGAGGCUGAAAUAUCCUACUGAAAACAAGUUGCCUUCUGAUACAAAGCAAUCACUGGAUUAAAAGACCACAACACACUGCUAAAUAUUUAUAAUUUACAUAAACUUGAAU